GGCGUUGUUUGGCGGCUUCGGUACGGAGCUCUCAGCUUGUCAAAUCCCCAGUUCCGCACGCCGGCCGGUAACAAGUAGCUUUAGCACGCAUUCUCCCGUUCAGAUAUGCCUUCCAACGUCGAAAUCAAGGCGCGUCUUGAGGACUUUGACGUAUUCCACACUCUGUUCAAGAAGGUCUACCAGCCUAAGGAGGAUGAGUGUACGACGCUCGAGCAAUGUGACACGUUUUUCAAAUGCACCAACGGACGCCUCAAGCUCCGCGAGAUCAAAUGUGAGGGUAAGGAGUCCUCCGAGCUGAUCUUCUAUGACAGGAAUGAUGUUGCCGGCCCCAAAAAGAGUGACUUCGUUAAUCAUCGUGUUCAAGAAGAUCCGGCAAGCCUAAAGGAUGCCCUUUCCAAGGCUUACGGAACGCGAGGAGAAAUUAGGAAGAUCCGACUCCUCUACAUAGUCGACCAAACUCGAAUUCACAUCGACAAGGUCGAAGGCAUUGGUCAAUUCAUGGAACUCGAAGUCAUGCUUCGUGAUGGCCAGACAGUGGAAGAAGGCCAAAAGGUCGCUGAGGAAAUCAUGGAAAAGCUUAACAUUACGUCCGAUAUGCUUAUUCAGGGCAGCUACAUUGACCUCGCGGCCGAUGCUGCUAUUAAGGAAAGCACUGCAAAAUCCGAAGAGAAGCCUGCCGCUGCUCACGACGAUAAAGAGAUGGUAGAAGUCAGCGAGCCGCCUAACGAUGCCGACAAAACCAAGGCGACACCAAGUGAGAGCAAGCCUUCGGCAGAGCCAAAUGAGGCUAAGGACACGAAUGAAGAAGGAUCUAAGGCUAAGUCUGAAGAGGUGAAAGAAACUAAAGACGUCGAAAAGCCUGUUGCCGAUGAGGCAAAAGCGGAGGUUAAGCCAGCGAGUAAUGGCGAUGCCGCUGAAGCUAAGGCCCAGAAUGGAGACGAUAAGGAGGGGGACAAAGACGCUGAAAAAAUGGAGACCGACGAAGCAGCGCCGGAGAAGGCCGUUGAGAAGGCUGCUGAUACGCCCGCCAACGAGGUGGCUGUUGACGCCAAUACUGAAGCCUAGAGAAGAAACUAUUAGGACGACCAAUGCCCUCUAAUGCUGCCCAUCUCUUAAAUAAGCAGUUGGAUAGUAGCUGAUUAUCAAAUCUGUAUCACUCCACAUGACGUAGGGGCAUAGUACAGUCUCGCACGCAAGACUGAAGCACAUCAUAGCAGAUAUUUAUAAUAGGUGGCACGACAACAAGAACAUUGUAACCACAACAAAAAGGCGACAAACAAUUAAUCCAACUGUAUACAGGAGUCAAGUCAUGUUUGGAGAUGGCCUCGUUGAGAACAAGCGAAAUAUUUGGCAUCAGGCCCAAGCAUAACUUGACUCUAAAGCCGAAACAGGGACGCAAGAACUCCAAUUUUUAUUUUUGGAAUUUUAGAGUCCGUGUUCGUUUUUAUUUUGCCAAGUACUAUUAUUACUACAAUACCUUUCACUAACUUUGCUCUAGAUUUUCUGCUACUACAAUUUUCAAAAUGAUCUGCGGAAAAGUACGCGCGUCAGUUUAUCCUACGUAUAUAACUCUAUACAUAUAUAAUUAUGCUAAAUGCACUACUCAUAGGCUAGUAGAAGUAUAGCAGACGGCAAGGGGGACAGAGAGAGAAAUAAACACAUUUUUUUACUUUUUUCGCGUAACAAUAGUAAUAAUAAUACUGUCAUCAUAAUCAAUCAAAGAAGGCGGCCUACCUGUAAAGAAGACUACUUCACGCUAUCUCAACAAAAAGCGUGCCCUCAAAUGCUGAGGGCAGGCUAGCGGAAAUGAGUAAAUGAUCGACUGAUUGAACAAACAAACCUACUAGGACCAAACAAACACAAUAAGCCCAUAGUGAGGACAUAAGCAGGACGAUCAAGGGUAUACAUAAAUACACACAUAUACAUACAUAUACUUACAUCUAUUAAAGUAAAUAGGACUUUAACAACACGCAUUUCCAAAGAGCUCCCCCCACUGGUACAAUAUUCAACAUGCUAUGAUCCCGUGGGAAUGCUAAUAACUAGCGGUAAAGUAAUAAUCACAGUGACGAACAACAAUAAUGUGGCUAGGCGUUAAAGUGUCACGCGUACCGAAAGUGUACGCCAAACGCACACAUGAAACUAGAAACACGAAUGAACUUAGUGUACACAUUCACGCACAGUUGAUAUCAGUAUAUUACUGCGAUAGUGAUAUAGCAAUUAACUGAACGUUGAUUAAUUCAACACAAGGCGACCGUAGUCAAACGGUAGUACAAACGGCAACUGUAUUAUUCCGUGCCGCUCCGACGAUAGCGUAGAUUAAGUUAAUAAAAAUAACAUCAAUGGUUAGGAACAACAAAAGUAAUAGCAGUCUAUGAACCGUACUUCGUUCUAGAUUUUUUGGCAUAUACACACAUAAAAUAUCAAUAGCAAACUGAAUCAAUUUUAUCAUUACCACUUCUCUACUUCGACUUCUAUUGCUAGUUAAUUCCGAAGGAAUAGGAAGUCGUCACAAGAAAUCAGCCGUGUUAUAACUUUCGUCUUCUUUUAAGCAUACGCACAUUCUGAAGACAAAAAUUAAGGUAUGUACAAGUAUGCGGUAGACACUCGUAGUGGCGGGGAACAAAAAAAACGAAAGAAAAGUCGAACGACAGACAAACGUCUCUUUGGUACGUAACAACACAUUAAGCGUGAUUUCCGCUUCAAGUAUCAUAAACAUAAUAAAUAACUAUAAUAAAUGAUCAUGAUGAAUAUAAAUAUCAACUUGUGUGAAUUUGAUGAAUCUCAAUAAAACAAAAUGGGAUAUCCUUCAUAUUUUAUACGAUCCGUCGA